AUGGAUGAAUUCGACAAUGCCAUCAAGGCAUACCUAGCAUCUGCAAACCGGCCGGUCGAUGAAGCCGAGCAGGGAAUUCACUAUCCACAUAUGGAGCCUUUUCAAAGUCCAGACCUGCAACAGAAAUCCUUCCAUAUAGUUCCUGAUAUAGAGAAGGAUAUGCUCGACGAUGCGGACCUAGGGAAUACCGAGCCCGAAGUCCACCGUGUUCGCCGGCAUAAAGAUGGCACCUUGGUGGUUAAUCGAGUCGGUAACCCGACCGAAGAGAAGAACUUUGUGGAAAAGAUGUGA